CUCGAUCUAUUGUUGAUGCUACAAGUAGACAGAGCAGUAAAAUAAAACAUGUCUGUAUUAGUAUCAGAGCUUCAUUGUUAUUAGAACAGUCUGUCUCGGUUGUGUUGAAGUGAAUAAGUCGUAGUUUUUUUUUGGCUGGACAGGAGCGCUGUAAGUCCGGAGCGCUGCUUCAGUAGAUUGGUUUGAGCCGCUAUGUGUGUAAGAGAAGAGAGGAACUGAGCGCGGUGACCGGAUUAAACCAAACGGAUUAAUAAGUGGACGUGGAGGAUGAAGUGGAGAUAACCUGGGCUGAUCGUGGACUGAUAGUGGGCUGAAACGGGAGCGAGCAGAUGGAGAAACAGCUGUUAUUGUGUUCGCAGCUCACGGUACAGGAGCGCGUUCACGAGGUGACUUUCAGCAGCGCCGUCCUGUGCUGGAGGGGCACAGAGAGCCAAAAACAUCAAAGCAGCAGCAGUAAUGUUCACAUCUACAAUCCUCUAAAGCAUGCGGGCGGCCGCUGUGUCCCGGUGUGUGAGAUCAUAGCCGUCCAGGAGACAGAGGAAGAUGGACCAAGUACAGACGUUGGGAAGUGGCAGAAAGUUCCACAAAGCCCAGUGGAAUCCAACCAGCAUGCUUUUACAGUGUACUAUGUGGAGAGGACUCAGAAACACCGCUGGCGCUGCAGUGAAAUCACCUUCCAAUGUCCUGAUCGAGCGCUGCUUCUGCAAUGGGUCCAGACCAUCAGGGAACAACUCGCACUAUUGACUAUUCGACCAAAGCGCUUGCUGGUGUACAUAAAUCCCUACGGAGGAAAAUGCCUGGCGAAGAGGAUUUAUGAGCAAAAAGUGGCCCCGAUCUUUUCCCGUGCCUCCAUUUCCACUGACGUGAUCGUAACGGAGCGGGCCAACCAUGCCAGGGAGCACUUAAAGACGGAGGCCGACCUGAAGAAGUAUGACGGGGUGGUUUGUGUGGGAGGAGAUGGCAUGUUCAGUGAAAUCAUGCACGGGCUGAUCUCUCGUACACAGCUGGACUCCGGGGUGGACCAGAACCAUGCAGAUCAGUCUCUGAUACCAUGCGGUCUUCGUAUCGGCAUCAUUCCCGCAGGUUCGACUGACUGCAUAUGCUAUGCUACAGUUGGCUCAAACGACCCCGUGACCUCGGCUCUACACAUCAUCGUGGGGGAUUCCCAGCCGCUGGACGUCUGCUCCGUCCACCACAACAACGACUUCAUCCGCUACUCCGUCUCGCUGCUCGGUUACGGUUUCUACGGUGACGUGUUGACUGACAGCGAGAGGAAGCGCUGGAUGGGACCGGCUCGGUAUGACAUCUCAGGUGUAAAAACGUUUCUGUCACAUCACUACUAUGAAGGGACCAUCUCAUUCCUUCCUGCUGACGGGACCGGGGGAACUCCCAGAGACGAGAUGCAGUGCAGAUCCGGGUGUAAUAUCUGCGUAUCUUCCUUACCUGACAAACUGGUUAUCAAUGAGGAGAGCAGUGUCUCAGAUCCUGAACCCAAAGCAACAUGGCAGGUUAUCAGGGGAAAGUUCUUGGCAAUCAACGCUGCCUGUAUGAGCUGUGCUUGUCCACGCAGCCCCAAAGGUCUGUCCCCCUCCGCCCACCUGGCCGAUGGUACAGCCGACCUCAUCCUGGUGCGAAAGUGCUCACGGCUCGACUUCCUGCGCCACCUGCUGCGCCACACCAACAAGAACGAUCAGUUUGACCACCCAUUUGUAGAGGUGUACCGGGUGCGACAGUUCCGCUUCACACCCCGGUACGAGGAGAUGGACUCGGACUCCGAGCUGGAGCUGAGAGAGGCUGAGGGUUCAGGACAUAAAUGCUUCUUCAGCCAGAUCUGCAGGGAACAUCCGGCCUGCAGCUGUAGCGUGGCACACAGCAGCUGGAACUGUGACGGAGAGAUCGUGCCUUACGCUGCCAUCCAAGUCAGAGUGCACUGCCAGUUGAUCAAGCUGUUUGCAAGAGGGAUUGAAGAACAGUCUGUGUUCGAGGACUCAUACGCACUUAAUGCAAUAUAGAUCUGCUCAUCAAUAUCACUGGAAAACACACACACACACAACACUGGAUCAUGAAGAAUGAAUAUGAACCCUCUAAACUUGGGUCUUAGUGGGUUGAUUUGUUACACAGUCAGACAGAGGUGUUAAAUAAUGUUACAAAUCAUUUGUAAGUGAUGUGUACAGCUAAUGAAGCCCUUCACACUACACUUCCUGGGAAAAUAAUAUCUACACCGCGAUAUGUAAAGUUCCAGCAUGUACUUAUUCCUACCCGCUUCCAAUCGUAAUCCUAUUGAAACCUGAAAUUGGCUUCAGUCACAUAAUUCAUAUUGGAGACAGAAAUAACAGAGCUCCCACCCAACAGACUUGACCUCCCAGCCAGCGAGCAGGGCCAAUCAGCUUCCAGUUUUUAGUCACUAAUAGUAUUUAGUCUUGUCUGGGGUUAAUCUGUGGUGUGUUCUGCAUUUAGCAGACACUCUUAUCCAAAGUGACUUACAGUAUACAGUCUAAGCAAUUGAGGGUUAAGGGCCUUGCUUAGUAAGGGCCCAACAUUGGCAGCCUGGCUUUGGUGGGGAUUAAACUAGCAACCUUCUGAUUUCUAGUCCAAUACCUUAACUGCUGGGCUACAGCUGCAGUAUAAAUGCUUUCAUACUGCGCUAUGUAGUAGCUUAGAAAAAGACUGAAACGUUCCUGUGGUGUUCCACUGCUUUACUGGCACGUCUCCCAGCGAUAUGAACGUUUUAGUGACAGUGCAUGUAUUUAGGCGCCCAGGUGGCGCAGUGGGAUAUUCCGCUAGCACACGAGCGCCGAGGUGUUGCCACCGGUUUGCUGGGGCGCCACCUAGCGAACAUAAUUGGUGAACAUAAUAAGUGCCUGCAGCAGACAAUAAUUGGCCAUCGUGUCUGCUAGGGCGGGAUGCCCGGACUAUGUGGGUGGGGUCUUCAAACGCUGUGCAAGGACCCUGAUUAGCAAAUAGAGGCGUCUGUGCAGGUUUAAAGCAAAUCUACUACUAUUGGACCACCGUGCUGUUGAGUAAGAAAAUGCAAAUGAUAACCAGGUGGACGAUUUUAUUGCAGUGGUCAUUUUUCCCACUCAUGUGCUUGAGUACCUGUAAUUCACCUUAAAGGUGCUUAUCAGCUAAUAUCAGUCCUCCUGUGGUUUGUACAUAUGAGGGUUCUUCAAAAAGUUUCAGCACUUUUAAAACUCUAUUUAUUAAGAAUUUCAAUAACAAACAACAUCACUUUUCUACAUAGUCACCUUACGAUGCAUUUCUCCCAGCAUUGUACCAACGUUUCAGUGCCAUCAGCAAACAAUGUUUUUGGUUGAGCAUGUAGCCACUGAUGCACCGCUGCUUUCACAUCAUCACAUGUGCUAAAUUCGGACUAUAAGCGUCUCUCAGUCUCUCAGACACGACCAGUUACUACUCCUCCCACCCUUACCAAUCCAAUGGAAAUAUAAAAGUGUUGAAACUUUUUGAAGAUCCCUCGUACAUAGUCAUACAAGUCAUUCUUGUAGUUCUCAUUCAAACACCGGGGUUUCCACCCUGGCUUGCAUUCACACAUCAUUGUAAUGUACAACAUACUUCCUGGGAAGUGUGUGUGAGUGGGGCUUGAUAAGCUGUGUGAUUUACACCAUGGGUUGCAACAUCCAGUAUUCAACCCACUUUUUCUAAGCAUCAGUAUUGCUGGUUAAUUGUAAGAGAUUGCUUGUAAGAUUUCUCAUCUUUUUGAGCGACCAAUCCAACCCAUGUUCUCGUGCUGUGUUCAACAGCUCCAGGAAUCUUGACGUUUAAGAGCUUUUCUUUCUCUGUCUUCCUCUACAGUCAAGCUGGUCUUGAUGUCUUUGUCAGUAGCAUGUCGUAGCCUAAGUUUAAAGUAUUUACAUUACUAGAUAUGAAGGAAAUAAAAUGA